UUAUCAACAGUUUACCCAACUCCACUCCAAAAUCAAAACCGAUCUUUAAUCAGUUUUUCGUAGAAAUAAACGUAAGAUACUAUGAUUUUACUGCCAGAACACUUUAUGAAAAGGAGACGACUGUAUAUAGCCGGCCUGGCUGGUCUGGGCCUCAUAAUUUUGGUAUCGAUCUACAAUUUUGGAGGCAAGGGAGAAAGGCUAUCAUCAGAGGUUCGCGACUGUUUCUUCUGCGAUUUUGCCCACCAUCGCCAAGGACCUCCGCCAGUUUUGGAGGUGGAAACCGAUGAAUAUGUGAUCUUCAAGGACAAAUAUCCUGCAGCCAAGCAUCAUUACCUGGCGAUUCCGAAGGAGCACUUUGAAAGCUUCAGAUCUCUCAACAGAUCCCAUUUGGGAUUGGUGCAACGUAUGGAGGCGGGAAUGAAGGUGUUUCUAAGGUCAAAGAACAUAGAUCCCGAGGAGGCAACUAUUGGUUUCCAUUUGCCGCCCUUUAUAUCGGUUCACCACCUUCAUCUGCAUGGCAUUUUUCCUCGCUCCGAUAUGAGUUUCUGGAACAAGAUCAACUUUAUGUCCUCAUUCUGGUUCAUAAAGUCCGGGGACGCAGUACGUGAUUUGGAGGACCGGGAACUGUGAUAAGGGUAGAGGUAUGGGAAAGGUUUUAUUUUUAUAAUGCAAUAUUAAAUUAAGAGUUGAACGAAAA